ACCCUAAAUUGAUAACAUCAUCCAAAUAAUUAUUUGUAUAAAUUACAAUAAUUCAAUAAUUCAAUACAGUUUUAUUAAAUGUUUUUAUUGUUAUACCAAAAUUUUACAGUCUUAAAAUUUGCGCAAGUGGUGUUUAAACUAUUCUAGUAACGGACAAUUCUAGUUUGUAAAAGGUGAGUAUUAUUUUAUUGUCUUUCUGUUAUUUUACUCUUGGUGAUUUAAGUGAUUAUAGUACAAAACAUUUUUGUAUGGAAUAAAAUUAUGUAGUAGUUGAAUAUAUUUUCGUGUAGGUAUUGAAUAGUUUUUAAAGGGUAAAUAUAAUUACAAUGUUUAAACAUUUUAAAAUAUAUAAUUAAAAAAUUGUCAAGAUUAUGAUAACAAAAAGUAUUAUUUGUAUUAGUAUUAGCAUUUAUUAUAAAAUAGACAAUUAACGGUAUUAAAUGGUAGAUACAUACAUUUUGUUUUUAAUAUUUGUAUAUUAUUACUACAAUAGGUUUCAAAUAAGUAUAUAUCAUGUCUGAGAAUGUGGAAGUUCAAAUUGAAGACCAAGAAUUCCAAUUGGAACCGGAUAAUGAAUUAAGGUUUGAAGUUGAAAACAAAAAUGAAACUGUUGUGUUAGAAGUAAGAAAUAAUUUAUUUAAUUUAUUUAAUGCUAAAUAGAUGAAAAACAUUUGUAUGUAUUAAAAGUGGUUUUAUUUGUUUGUGUAAUUUUGAACACUAAAUUGCCAUACCAUACCAAAAACAGAUACUUAGUUUUUUUUUGUUUAUUUGAAUAAAAAAAAAUUACGAUUAUUGAAAAGUAAUACAUACAAUUUGAUGUUUAAGAUUUAAAUAAGUAAUUUUAAAGUUGAACUGAGAGACAUAGAAAAGCUAUUUGCAUUUUUAUUAUAAUAAUAGUGUUUUAUUUUAUAUUUUAUAGUUAAAAACUGGACUCGCAGAAAUUUUUGGUACAGAGAUGGUGAAGGGUAAAUCCUAUACAUUUUAUUACGGAGCCAAAAUUGCAGUAUUCACUUGGCAAGGGUGUAUGUUAAAAUUACGCGGGAAAAAAGGAAUUAGUUAUAUAUCUAAAGAGACGCCGAUGGUAAAACUAUUAAUAUUUUGAGUAUGAUUAAAUAAUACAUUUUAUGAAUGGUUUUUAAAAGCUGUUUAUAGUUUAUUAUAGUUCAUAUAUAUUAAUUUGGGAUUUAUAUAGGUAAGUCCCUAAAAACCCAAUAUUUCCCUAUGGUGCUCAAUAGGGGAUUAUGGAUAGGUUAUGUUUGACUAUUAUAUGGCCUCUGACUGUGCAGUUAGAACGAGUUCAUUGAGUUUUCCUUGCAUUCACAACUUAUAUGUUUGAUAUAUACAUAAGCCAUGAAGUCCAGGUGCUAGACUACCUGGGCUUGUGUAUGUUAACUGAUAGACACCUUAAACCAAACUAGAUUUUUUUUUAAACUACUUCAUGGAGUAGCUAACAGUCCUACAAUGUUAGCUGACGUCAAUUUUCAUGUCCUUAUGUGUACAUCCUGUUUUCGAGUUCUCUUUCACUCAUCAUUGCAUCAAAUAAAUUUUGGUAAGAAACAACACAGGAUGUCUUGAGCAGCAAACCUUAGUGUCUAAUUUACGUUUUUGUAAUAUUGUAUACCUAAUUAAUUUUUGUUUAUUAUUGACCAAAAUUAAAAAUAAAACACUGCAACUCCCCCAAUUAACUGGCUAUAUGUACCGCUAACCAGGAUCUAUAAUUUGUUAAGCUUCCUUGUAGCCAUUAUGCAGUCUAGUAUUAUAGUAGUCUGUAGUUUAGUUUUAGUAAUCUAUGCCAUUUAUUUAUAUCAUAUAAAUCCAAUAAAUAAAUAUAGAAAUAAAAUUGAAUAAUAAUAGUUUGAUAUUUUGAUACUUUACUACCUACAGAGUUUACAUAAAAUCUAAUAUUAUACAUAAUAUAUAUGUAUAUAGGUAUAGAUUUAAAAAGUAAUGAGAUGACAUGGACUUUUAACAACUUCAAAAUUGCUACAUUAUAUAACUAAAAUCCAAAGAAAAAGCUGGUAUAGUAGAGGGAUUGAAAGUAAAUAGUUACAACUUAAAACUACGAGCAUUUAAUUGGGCAUGGGGUGUAUGUGGGUACAGAUAUGAAUAUUAAACCUUUUAGUUUAAUAAAAUUUCAUCAUAUAUUUUAAAUUGAAAAACAUUUUACUUUAAUAGUAGGGUAGAAUUUACUAGUUAGCUUAGUUGAAUUUCUAUGUUUAACAUAAUAUUAUUUGUUAUUUAUGCCUGAUUACUGUUGUAUAGAAAAUAUUGUAAAUAUAUUAAAAAUUGUAAGCAUUUAUGUUUUUAAAUACUACAAAAUAGUAUUCAAUUUACAUGUUUAAUGUUAAUUAUUUUAAUUUUCAGAUGUUUUAUUUGAAUUGUCAUGCGUCAUUGGAACAACUGCGAGUAAAAUCAGAAAAGGAAAAUCUUCGUGGUCCUGUUACAAUGGUAGUUGGGCCAACUGAUGUCGGUAAAUCUACUCUAUGUAGAAUACUACUCAAUUAUAGUGCAAGAAUGAAUUCUCUUGGUCGUAGACCCAUUUAUGUUGAUUUAGAUCCUGGUCAGGGACACAUAGCAGUUCCAGGAACAAUUGGUAUGUAAAUAAUAUUGUUUAAUGAUCAAAAAUUAUUAUAUUUGACAGUAAACAUAUUAAUAUAAAAUGUUUAUUAGGUGCAGUUAUGAUUGAAAGGCCAGCUGAAGUGGAAGAAAGUUUUUCUCAAGUAGCACCAUUAGUUUAUCAAUUUGGACGUACAAACAUGAGUAAUAAUUCAACUUUGUACAACACUUUAGUAUCUAGGAUGGCAGAGGUUAUUCAUCAGCGAAUGGAUGAAAAUCCUAGAAGUAAUUUUGCUCUACAUAUUUAGUUUUAAGUAUAAAUAAAUACAUUUAUUUGUAAAUAUAACAUUACAUUAAAAUAAUAAUAAUAAUAAUAAUAAUAAUAACAAUUACUAAAACUAAAGCGAUGACAGCAAUGUAAAUUAAAGAUUGUACAAGACAAUUGUUACUAAAUCACUUCUCAAAAAGUAAAAAUAUUAAUGUUAUUAAAAAAAUGUCUGAUAGUAUUAAUCAAAUUAUUAAUUUUAAUUUUAUACUAUUAACAUGAUAGUUGAUGAUGAAUAGUUUUAUAAUCAGUUUAUAAUUUUAGAGCUAUCAUUAUUAAUUAAUGAGUGAAUUUUAUUAUUAGAGUUUUUAGGCGCAUUAUUUGUUAUCUAUUUAAUUUAUUUUCAAAGAUUUUUAAUAUGUUCAUUAUUAUUAAAUAUUUUAAGUUUAUAUUAAUUAAUUUUAACUCUCUUGAUUACAAUGUUUACUAAGUGCUAUAAUGCUACAUGUUAUAAUUAGAAAUUUGAUUUAUAUUAGAUUCAUUUUUUAAAUUCAUGAUCAUACAUUUUUUUUCGUGUUUAAUAGAAACAAUAAUACCUCUAGUAAUCCAUAGUUUAAGUUUAUAGUUAAUAUAAUACAAUUUUCUUGAUAUUUUUUUGAAAAUCUUAUAACUCAAUAAUAUUUAUGAAAUUAGUAAUAUUGUUUUUAAUGUUAUUAUAACUUAAAAUAUUAUUCCAAUUAAGGUUAUCUAAUAUUUAAAUUUAUUUUAUCAAAAUCAUUUAAUGUUACUAUUAUUAUUCAGAGCUAAAUAUUCUGUAUUUAAGUUACUAGAUAAAAUUGUACAUAAGUGGUGAGUAAUAGAAGAAAGUAAAACUGUAGAAUUAACAUUAAAAUGUUUAUUAUGUAUUGUGUACUUCAGAAAAAAUAGUAGUCAGUAAUUAAGUGAAUUGAUAGUUAAUCAUUAGGCCAGAGGUUAGCAACCUUUUUUGACUCAUGGCACCCUUAAUUAUUUUCUAAAAAUCCGAAGGCACCAUAUGCCUUAUACUCUAUACUGAAUACACAGGUGGUAAAGUAAUAACUUUAUAACAGUCCACGUCGAAGUGAUAGCAAUUGAACCAGUAUGAAAAUUAAAAUAGAUCAAACAUCACAGUUUUACUAUGUACAAUUUAUAUGUAUUAUAUAAUUAAUAUAUUAAAUUAUAUUGUAUAUAAUUAAUUAUACAUAUUAGGUUUUAUACUAUAGAGUAUAGCACUAUAAUCUAUUUUAUUACUCACAGUGCUAUAUUUUUCAUGAAGUCAUUUAAAAAAAAAAAAUAUAUUGUGAAUAAUUUUGUGGCACUCUAAAUUUAAGUUUGCGGCACCCUGGUUGGGAACCUCUGCAUUAGGCAUUUGUAACACAAUGUAUAAUUAUUAUUCAAAUGAUUAUUAUUUUUAUAAAUCUUUAUGAUUAGCUUAAAAAUACAAAUAAUAAAAAAAAAAAAAAAACAUUUAUCAUACAGCAUGAUUUAUUAAAAUCAUUAACUGAUUUGUAUCAUAAUCUACUCUAAGAAUCAUUUUGUGAAACAUAUUCAUUGUUUUAAUAAUAGUGAUUGUUGAAUAUUGUAUUUUAUUUACUAUUUUUUCAUUUUAUUUUUUUUGCAGUAAAUUCUUCUGGAAUAAUUAUCAACACAUGUGGUUGGGUUAAAGGCAAAGGUUACCAACAUUUGACUCAUAUUGCACUUGCUUUUGAAGUAGAUGUUAUUCUUGUACUUGACCAAGAACGUUUGUAUAAUGAACUAGUGAGAGAUAUGCCAGAGUUUGUGAAAGUUGUUCUUUUACCAAAAAGUGGCGGCGUAAGUAACUAUUUUAAGAAUUUUAAUUUUCAAAUUAGCAAACAAAUGUAGUAUAAAUAAUUCUAACCUACUCUGAAAGAUAUAGUUACUUAUAUAAAUAUUAUUAAAAAAAUAAACAACAGGGUAUUUAGUUUUAAAGAAUCAUUGCUGUCAAAUAUUUAAAUUCAUAUUUUUAACCAUAUGCUAUAUAUUUGUAAUUUUUCCUUGAAUUUUCUGCUAAGGAAAUUAUGUAAUUACAUUGUUAAUGUAUUGUAUUAUAAAUUAUAAUGAAAUGUAUUUUUUUAUAUUUAGGUAGUUGUAAGGAAUAAUAAGUUUAGAUCUGAUGGCCGAGAAGCUCGUAUUCGCGAAUACUUUUAUGGUACUCCUAAAAAUGUAUUACAUCCACACACUUGUGAAAUAAGGUAUACCGACAUAAAAGUUUAUAGAAUCGGAGCACCACACAUUCCUAAUACAUUGAUGCCGUUAGAUAUGCAAAAAACUGAUUUAGAAAAAAAACUUGAACCCGUAACACCAGGUAAAUAUCUAAAUACUUUAAAGAUGAUGUUAUUUUAAUGUUUAUAUUAAAUUUUUUAGGGCCAAAUAUGUUGCACCAUGUGUUAGCUUUGAGUUUUGCUACGUCUAUUGAAGAAGAUGUUGUUAGGACCAGUGUGGCUGGUUUUGUUUGCGUGUAAGUAUAAUUCAUUGUAAAUAAUAUUUAUUAAGGAGAUUUGUCACCUGAUAUUUAUUUUAUGUGGCUAUUUUAUGUGUAUUAUAACAACAAAGGCAUUCACACUCCCAUAAUGGGAGUCUCUCUGAUUAAAUUUAGAGUAAAGAAACCUAUUAUACAUUUUAUAAAGUAGAAUAAGUAUUGUUAACGCUUCUUUGAAUGAUUUUUCGAUAUUUUAUUUACUAUAUAAAUCUAUUUAGAACCAUUUAUAAUCCCUUAUAAAUUAUAAAUGGUUAAAACGAAAAGAAAUUAAGUUAAAUCUUUUUUGAUAGAAAUAAACAUUAUUUAAAAAACCUCUAGUAAUUUUAACCGUUGAUAACUUCUAAUGAUGAUAAUAUUAAAAAACGUCAUUCGGUCAAAGCAUAUAUGUAUCAUUGAUCCAUUUGCCCUAAAUUCAUCCGCAAUCAUGGAUGUGUAGAAUGCCUUUUUUUUUAACUAUAACUUGGAGAGGGGUGGUGAAAACAAAUAUCAUUAUGAGAAAUCUUAAGAAAUUAUAAGAAAUAUUGGAUAAAUAAUAAUAAUAAUAACGUGUAUUUAUUUUUAUUAGAACAAAUGUUGAUCAAUCUCGACAAAUGUUAACAUUAUUAUCACCUCAACCAAAGCCUCUACCAGAAACAAUAUAUCUCCUAUCAGAAGUACAGUUUAUGGACAGCAAUUCUUAAAGUGUAAAGCUGAUGUUUUAUGUAUAAAAUAACAUUGUGAAUAAUAGGUUUUUUUUAUAUGUCUGUAUAAAUAUUUCUUUCAUGACAACUAUCCUUGAAUAGAGAUAAGUAUUAAAUAAAUAUAAUGUUCAUGAUUUAUGUAAAAUGUGGGUUGUUAUUAUUUUUAAAGACCUG